GUGUCUGGCGUUGCUAGGGGCCGGCGGCGGACCGGCUCCGGACAUGGCGGCGGAGGGGCAGAGAGAAGAGUAGUGAUUAACACUCAGAAAACCACCAGUAGCCAUCAUCUCAGCUUUCAGGAAUUAGCCCCAAACCAGACCCCGUCUGUUGGCCGGGAAAAAGCUCCAUUGUUCAAAGAAGAAAAUAUGGCCGGCCGUCCACCUUCCGUCCGGGGCAGCCCCAGCGUCGAUGACCUCGAAGAAAGUCUGCAGAAUCUUACGGUCCAAGCGGACGGCUCGGCCUCCGGCUGGGGUUUCGACAAGGACGGCCCGGCCGCGCCCUGGAGCCCCUCCGUCCCCAAGAUGUCGGGGGAGUGGGGCGCCCCGGGUCCGGGGAGAGGCCCGCCUCAGCCGCCGGGGCAAGCCCAGUGGUCUCUAGGCCCGAGUCUCCUGGCCGUGCCAGCGGGGAACUGCCCAACCCCACGGGGCCCGGGCCUCUCCCUGGCGUGGCAGGCGGCCGGGUUCGCCGGUCAGCGGGCCACAGGCGACGGCCUCCAGUCCCCCAGGGCCCCGCCGGUUGAAGCGGCCCAGGCCUUCCCCAUGCCUGGCCGCCCGGCCGGUCCUCAGGCACAUGGCGUGAGGUCGUUGCUGCCCGUGAGAGUCGCCCCGAGGUCCCGCUCUCCGAAAGGGGUCGGCGCGCCUCUAGCCACGGGGCGGUCCCUGUCUCUCUCCCGCCCGGGGGCCAACCGCUCCCGGUCCUUCUCUCCGGCUUCCAAGAGGACCCGGUGGUUCCGCUCCCGCUCCCAGUCGCCCAGGCACCUGUGGCGGUGCCAGCCCCCUGCUCAGCCGGGCAGGCCAAGGUCCGGCAGGAAGAAAACGGCCCUGACCAGACCGUCUCGAUCCAGAACCUACAAGCCGGGGCCCUCGGGGACCGGCUCGCCUCCCGUUGCCGGGGCGCGUGGGGCGCCCAGCUCUUCCUGGAGUCCUCACGGCCUCCCCGCCUUCGCCGCCCGCCCCGUGGCCCAGGACCUCAGAGAAAGGCUCUCCGCAGCACCUGUGGGCAGCGGCUUUGGGUGCUCACUGGCAGAAAUGUCCCUGAGCCACAGGAAACUGGCAUCGCUCCGCCUGAAAAGCCGGUGUGGGGACCAGGGCUUGGGUGGGCAGCCGAACCGGCAGCUGGAACUAGAACCCACUCCUCAAGGCCCAGAGCCCAGGUGCAGCCAUUCGGCUACCAGAUGGAGCCCAGGUUCAGCAGUGGGAUGCUUAGUGGGCCGGGGCUGGGACCCGCCUCCGGGUCACAGGCCCUUGGAAACCCAGAAGAGACCAGCGCUGGCCAAGCCCACUCCCGCAGCAGCGCAGAGAUCUGUGAUCUCCCUCGGACCCCUCGACGCCUCUCCUCCCAGAAGCCUCAGCCCAGAAGGGAUCUCAGGGCUUGGAACCGCAUUCCGGCCGAACUUCCAGCCGGUGGAUGGGCUCAGGUCUCGUCAGUGUGGCCAGAUCCAGAGUCCCCACUCUCCCCCGGCAACCCCCGUGCUCUCCUUGCCCGGUUCCCUUCUUCAACACCUGCCUGGGGGCCUGGGUCUCCUAUAGAGGUGGCUGCUGGACAGAAUUGGGGGCUGGGAGUCCCGCACUGUGGCCCAUCUGCAGGGCCUCGAGGCCGGGCUGCAUUUCGGCCGCACGGCGGGGCCAAUUUGGAGGGGCCGGCCCAGACGUUUCUGGCUUGGGACGAGACCUUCCCGUCUCCGCUGCUAAGCUCCUAAGGAGUCGCCGGGCCGAGUCUGGCGCUGAGGCUGGUGGACGAUUCCGGGCAGGAGCUGGCUUCCGUUUCCCAGGCUGGGUUUCCCCAGCUCCCCAUCUGCACACCUGGAUCUC